CCAGCCUACAUCUGCAAGGGAGUUGCAGAAAAGCCUCAUGUUCAUCGAGCCGUUUGGGCAAGAAAAGCUUUUCCCUUUAAACUUUUAGAGGCUGGGACCGCAGGAGGGGUUCUGAAUGGGAGAGACCUCGCAGUGUGUAUCAAUUAACCUUUCACUUUAGUUUUCAAUGUUUUAUUUCAACUUGGUCAACAUCUUGUAUUGGUUGCUUUUAAUAUGCACAUUAGAUUAUUCACAAUUUCUGUAUGUACUCAUGAGGGAUAAUGCACUUAAAGUAGAAGAUGACAUCCCUGUCUCCGAUCUGCUAUCCCACACACCUUUGCAUUCAAUUGGCAGUUAUAAAAGCAUAGAUGCUUCAUGCCAAUAAGGGAUGAGUGAUAUAUUGAACAUUCACAAUAUAUUUAAUGUUUUGUUUUUCUGGCUCCAUAACAUUUAUCAACAUCUGGAUUAGUAAUGCAAUGAUUUUAAUGCUUUAUUUUAACCAUUAAACUUCCAAAUGUUAGUGACUUUGAUUUAAGCUUCAUUUGCAAAAGCAUAAUUGAAUUAUGCAACUUUGAUUCCUUUCCAAAUUAUUCAUUCAUUAAUUUCUCAGACGUUGUGUGACAUUUUUCAUGUAUUAAAAUGCAAUGCAUUUUGUUUUAUUAAUAAAUCUUUCUUGUAUUUUUAUUGAAUCACUUUUAACUAGAUUACUGUAAACUCUUAGAAGCCUUACAAAUUUUUUAAGCUGUCACCCAGUCCUAACACAAUGAACAUCAGUCUAUUGGUGACCGAACAGAAUGAAUAACUGAUAAUGAUGACAGAGACUGCUAGCUUCUUGGGUUGAGCCAGUUAAAGAAACAGGCCUUGGGUCAGUGAAAGUUAAACCUCUCUAUUCUACAUGAACAAAGAGUCUUCACUUUGUCAUGUAACAAAGAUUAUAUCUGACACUGUCAAACACAUGCUCUCCACACUCAGAUCUCAGUAUUUCACAGCAGGGACAGGCAGACCCUUGGUCGAAAAGUUAGCAGUGUGUAGUGCCGCUGUGUGUGUGAGAGAAAGAGAGAGACACGAGUGCUUGUGUGGCCUCAUUCAAUGUCAAUUAUGUGCUGUGUCCUAACAGGAGAUGAGUCGAGACAGCGGGUUAAAUUCACAGACGAGCGCGUCUGCAAAUCGCACCUGCUCAACUGCUGCCCGCAUGACAUUCUCUCUGGAACGCGCAUGGACCUUGGCGAAUGCUCUAAGAUCCAUGAUCUGGCACUGAGAGCAGACUAUGAGAUUGCGUCCAAAGAGAGAGACCUGUUCUUUGAACUGGAUGCUGUGGAUCACCUGGAGUCGUUUAUUGCCGACUGUGACCGCAGGACCGAGUUGGCCAAGAAGCGUCUCGCUGAGACGCAGGAAGAGAUCAGCGCUGAAGUGGCUGCAAAGGCAGAAAAGGUUCACGAGUUGAACGAGGAGAUCGGGAAGCUGCUGGCGAAGGCUGAGCAGCUCGGGGCUGAGGGAAAUGUAGACGAAGCCCAGAAAGUUCUACAGGAGGUUGAGAAAGUCCGGACUAAGAAGAAGGAUGCAGAGGAAGAGUACAGGAACUCGAUGCCCGCCUCCAGUUUCCAGCAGCAGAAGUUGCGCGUCUGUGAAGUUUGCUCCGCCUACCUGGGUCUUCAUGACAACGACCGGCGUCUCGCUGACCACUUUGGCGGCAAACUGCACCUGGGCUUCAUCCAGAUCCGAGAGAAGCUGGAGCAGCUGAAGAAAACCGUGCAGGAAAAACAGGAGAGGCGGAACCAAGAGCGACUGAAGAGGAGGGAAGAGCGUGAGAAAGAAGAGAGGAUGAAGAAGGAGACCAAGUCGCGCAGCCAAGAACGCAAGAAGUCUCGUUCUCGUGACCGCGAUCGAGAGCGCAGGCGCCGGCGUUCCCGCUCCGCAUCACGAGAGAAGCGUCGUUCCCGCUCUCGCUCCAAAGAGCGCGACAGACGCCGGCGACACCGUUCUCGAUCCCGAUCCCGCUCGCGCCACAGCCGAGAACACUCACACAAGUCUUCACGGGACCGUGACCGCGAGAGGGACAGCAAGCACAGUUCAUCUGAGCGGAGAUCAGACGGGCUGAACGGCAGGACAGAAUCUCGCCGUCAUGAUGACAGAGAAGCUGGAGAGAUCUGAAUCAUCUCACGCUAACAUAAACACAAACCGCUCAUAUACAUAUACCCACUUUUUUAUUUAUCAUGUUUGCUUCGUCUGUAGUAAACUGCCCAUGCCCAGUGUCAUUAAAGUCUUUGUAGUCUUUAAUAUCUCAGUCCAGUAAGAAUUGAAUCUGUCUGAUCCACUGUCCAGUGUUGAAAUGACAAUUUUUUUUUCUUCUUCUUUCAAAAGUGUGUAUUACCGCUUUUUUUCCCCCCUCCAUAAUGUUAUUUUUUUUUUGGGAUUGGGUUUUUAUUUUGUACCGUUUGUCCUGAAUAAUUUGUGUGCAUGUUUUGCACGGAGCUCAUUCUACUUUGAGAACAGCUGUUCUGAGGUCAGUUUAAACGCCCUUUCUUUAAAUCUAGCUGCAGUGUUUCCCCAUAGAGAGAGACUGAGCUCAUUCACUCUUUGUUCCAGUAGCAGAGGUGUAGGAGUUUAAUCAAUCUAAACAAGUGAAUCCAUGGCAUAUUGUUUCAGAAUUAUUAUGUACAUGAUCUUUUAUAAUGCUGUUUUGAUUUCAUGUUGUCCUGAUCAAAGUGCAUUAAAUGGUUUUAUGAAUUUAA